AUGUCUAGCUACGUCUACGAGCUACCGACUACAGGAAGUAUAGUCUUUGGAGACUUCAUUGUCGAUCAGAUAGGCAAAUAUAGUCAUACCAUCACGAACGCCACAUCCGUUGUUGGGCUCCAAGCCGACUUAGCAUUCUCGCUCCUCACUUAUGCAUCUGCAUUGUCGAAUCUGGCCGCGUCUUCCGUUAAUUCCUUGGGCUUGUACGAGAGAGAGCGUGCGAUUACGGAUACUCAACGUAAAGUCAAGGACGAGAAACUGAACUUUUCUGUUCAGCUAUUACUUAAAGCUGCCG